AUGACGCUAGUCCCCAGUGGCUGCUGGACCUGCCAGGUGCGGCAUCGCAAGUGUGACCGGGAAACGCCUCGGUGCCACGAAUGUAGUGACAGGAACAUUCAGUGCCAUGGGUAUGGACCAAAACCCAGCUGGAUGGAUGGUGGCGUUGCCGAGGCCCAAGAACGGUCCCGCAUCAAGGCGGCCGUCAAAAGCAACUUUCGGCAAGUCAGGACACGGCAGAACGAGGCUCGAAAAGCGAGGAAUCCCCAAUCUAGAGACACGGCUCCAGUGGUGCCAGCUUCUUCGUCUCAGAUCUACACCCCAAAAUCCACUGACCAUGAGUCCAACGACGUUUCACCGUGCGACACGGGCAGUCCAAUACAUGGCCAACGGAGUGCACUCGAGCAGACCGACAAUCGGGCUGAUGCAAAGGGCUCGGGUGACUUGUCUGCUCAGGAAGCUGGUCUCGUCAUGUAUUACCUAGAUCACGUGUUCCCAUGGCAAUUUCCAUAUUCUUCAUCUCAAUUCAGAUUGGGUCAGCGCGGAUGGAUUCUGUGGCUGUUGAUGAGGAGGGGUCCUUUUUAUGAUGCUGCCAUGAGCUUGGCUUCUCUCCACCGCCGUGCUAGGAAUCACGACAAUGAUGAUGGAGACGAAGCAGCAUUGCAGCGCCUCUGCGAUUUCUGUCAACGUGAGGGGGGCACGAAAUUGCUGGAAAACAAGACUAGUCUGAUUGAAUUUCUUGCAUGCGGAUUGUUCCUGAUCAGUUUCGAGGUGGUGAAAGGUGGACGGCAUAGCUGGCAGCCUCACCUUGCCGGCAUUACUUCCAUAUUUGGUGGUAAAACCCCUGCUGAAAUUAUGAGUUUUGAUGGUUCAGAUACGGAGAACCAGGAGCUCCGUACUGGUCUCGAGUUUCUUUUAGGUCACGUAUUAUGGUUUGACAUUCUUGCGUGCAUCUCAGCGGAAACGAUUCCUCAUUUGCCCCAUCGUUCCUGGCUUGAUGUUCAAGAGCUACAAACGGCAGAAGUCAUGGGCUGCUGCAAUUGGGUCCUGCUCUCAAUUGGAAACCUGGCUGAACUCCAAUGUUGGAAAAGAGACAGGACGCAGCGUGGAACACUAAGUGUCCGGGAACUGGUAGACAGAAGCCGCGAAAUUGAAGUCUGUCUCGAGCAAGGUCUUGGUACCUUGGGGGAGACCACCGAGGCAACUUUGGAAUCCCAGGUCAACUGGGUCUCACUAGUCUUUACUCUCGCUGCUUUGGUGCUGCUGCAUACCAUAGUGUCGGGGCCUCAGCCAGCCCUCCCAGAAAUCAAAGACACAGUUAGGAAGGGGGCCGUUGCCCUUCGCAGCGGUCCCAAGACCAGUUCGUUCAAUGGCCUGAUGUGGGCCAUUUGUGUGCUCGGAAGUAUGGCAGAUGAGGAAACGCAACCUGUUUUUGAUGACGUGUUGACAAGCAUGGUGCGAACCUCGGUAUGGGCGAUGCGAAUCGUCUAUAUUGUCAUCAGGUAA